GCCAGCUCGCCCCAGAUCGGACCGCCACCGCCGGAGCGCUUGACCGGGCCGCCGCACCGCCACCGCGUCCAUUGGAAGCGCCGCCGGAAGGAUCAGAGGGCAGAAAAGGAAUGGCUGCACGAGACACCCUUAUGACCACUGAGGAUGACUAUGAGACUCAACAAAAGAAGCAAGCGGCUGCAGAUGUUCUUUUCCAAUAUUCACAAUUUGCUAUGGUGUGCAUUGGUGAGGGAGUUCGCCCGUCAGAUCUCCGGUUGCAUCUUAUGAAGGAAGUUUCAGGGAUGUCCACCUCUUUGAAGGAAGAGCCACAGCAGGCAGCUGCCUCCCCAGAUUCUAGCGGCGAACCAUCAUCCUCUGGGACAAUGAAGGAAGACAGGAGCGAAAUCCCCUAAGCUUCAUGUGCAUCUUGCAGUGAGAUGAAAGUAACUCUGGGUGAUAGGCACUGAUUUGUGAGCAUAGAGAUGCAAAUAAGUUAGCGUUCUUGCGGUGGGCAUCCUGCCACUUUGGUUCAAAACGCAGAACACGUUUUCUUAACAGAUUGUAAAGUUUAUGAUAUCUUUAGGAAAACACGUCUGUGUUCAUAUAUUUCUGCUGUAUGAACAUGCCUAUAAUUGCAGAACGUUAUAAUGGUGCAGUUCUGUCUUUUCUGCUCAA